AUGAUCGCUACAAAGACAACAAGGGAUACUGGAGAGGCAGUGACAACUGCCGCUGCAAUGGAUGAGAAAAUAGCUGAAUGCAUGACAAUGCUGGCGGGCAACACUGACGAGCACAAAUUUGCGGGCUUGCUUAUGGUCACCAAGCUGGGUGAUCUGCCAGCGGACAAGCUUCAGCGGGUGAGGCGACAGGUGCUUACAAUCGUGGGCAUGAGCUUCUUCGUACGCCUAUUACACACCAGAAACCCCGAAGAUGUCCAGAUGCUAUCAUCCUAUCAAAGACUAGGAUUGAAUUUGAUAGCGAGCUUUUGCAUGGACUCAUCCCUGGCGGAAUUAUUUGCACAGGAGAACACUGUGAGAUUUCUUUUAAAGCAGCUAGCAUUGCAGUCGACAGCACAUGAGUCUUUUGUGGACUGUGCUCGCAUUUUGUCAUGCAUGGUUCAGACCAAAAAUGGGUCAAAGAAGUGGCGUGACGAAGCUAUUGCUAAGGUCAUGAUGCGUGAAAAAGUUCUCGAUGGAAUGUUUCGAGUUCUUGAGAAUCUGGGUCGAUUGCAUUCAAAUCAAGAUUUGAUUGAAAAUAUAAAGCCGGCAGCUCAAGACAAAUCGAUGGCGUCUCUCUCGGCGACGUCGUGGGGCAUUUUGAACGGGCUUGCAAGCAUCAAAGAGUUUUGGACUCAUAUUCACAGCGAUCACUUUGAAUUUAUAUGCUUAAAGUUCGCGCACGUUCAGAUUGAGAUUGCUAUUCAGGUGCUAACAGUAUUGAACUACUACAUGACAUCCGUCGAGCUGGGCGAAGCACCGGUCGCGCUUCUUAGCUCGCAGUGUCUCUCUGGUAUUCGGGCGGGCGCACUGCGCUUAAUGCGCGCAAAAUUGCCUAAUCAAGUACGCGAUCAAUGUUUGCGACUUAUAUUUCAACUAAUGAAACAAUCGGGUUUCUCAUGGAUGGCUCCUAGCACUACAUUGCGACGCCGAGUGUUGCAUGAGGAAAUGUCUGGCGAAAAAUUUAUACUUUUGUUACUGAGACUCGUCGCGAUAGAGAUAAAGAUUAUGCUAGAUGAAGUGGAACUGUCGCUGAUUCAAGUUGAUGAAACAAAGAAUGAGUCCAUGGAGGAGAUGGAAAGGCGAAAAAAAGAAGUUCAACGUGUGCUCGCCAUUCUGCCCAUUUGUUACGGCAUCCUCGAAUUGAUUAUUAGUGGUCUUGUUUCCAGCAACAAAGGCAAGCUCACGCUUCCAUACGAUAUUUUAUUUGAGAUAAAAGGGACAUUUAGUCAAAUUUUUAUGGUGGUGUUCGAGCUGCUAACACUAGCCCAGGAUUAUGUUCAGACUCAUCGCUACCAAGAGCUGCGUAAGGCGCAUGCUGAUUCAAUCUCUCACUUGGAUGCUGUAAUUUGCGCUAGUUUACGUAUCGUUAGUGCCUGGAUUGCAGAAGACUCGGACACUCAUGCCGAAUUAGUAAUGCAAUUGCUUCCUUUUUUGGUGUGCUAUAAAUCAUCGUUGGCUUGGACGAUGAACGAUGAUUCUGAAAAUUGUAAAUUGAAAAGUAUUCAAUCAUGCAAUUCCGAUGAAGAAAUUGACUCAGACGACGACGUCGACGUCGACGCCGUUUCUCGGAUCAGGCUAAAGGCUGCAAUGAUUUACAAGACUGACAGUAGCAUCGACCAGUUUCACUUUCUGUUGCCAGGAUUGCUUCAGCUUAGCGCACUAUCAGACGGCGCUUCCAUCAUGUCUAAAAAUGUAAAGGUUUUGCAGCGUUUAAUGCAGUUUUGUUGCACCAUUUGUGCCGACUUUGCUGAUGGAAAAAAUGAGUUUGCCGCCGUGUCUACCCUAACACUAUGUCUCGGCAUUUUAAUAAAUUUGAUACUGAUUUGUGGAGGCAACGACAGCGCUGCACAGUCGCACAAGUCGGGUAUGCCCAACGCUCUAGAGUGGUUUCACGCCUUAACGUUCCUUGUACCCGUGGCAUGUGCCUGCGGAUCCCAAUUAAUAGCAGACAAAAAUAUUGAUGAUAAAAGUCGCAGAGAAGACGAUCGCUACGAGAUGCUGCUGCACAUUGUCUGCUUGGUGCUGUUAAUUGUCAGGCACUUCCAACAUAAAGAGCGUCAUCCAUAUCGUUUACCGGUCGUCGUCGCGAAUCUGGACACGUCGUUUAGUAGCAUUGUCGCCUGGAUUGUAGACCACCCUCCAAGCGCAACGACUGAGUCAAUCGCUGACCUUUACGAGCUCAUGCGAGUGCUCUCGAUACAGUUUGUUUUGACGCUUCAAGUACUAGCGCGCUAG